AUGGGGUUCAUAUAUCCCUUGAUAGCCCUGGCAGGGUGUAUAAUCUUACUAAUAAUCAGGAUUUAUCAAGUCAUCCCAUCUCCAUCUUCAAAAUCACCAAAACGAAAUCCGUCUUCGAAAUGUUCAACAGCCAUCUUCCUAGGAUCAGGUGGUCAUACGAGUGAAAUGAAAUCAUUACUCUCGACUCUCCCAUUCGAUCGAUAUUCACCUCGUAAAUAUAUUUAUUGUCAUAACGAUGAGAUCUCCCUUCGGGCUAUAAGCGAGUUGGAAAGUAAGAAAGGAGAUACGAAGGACCAAGAUUCAUACACCCUCUUACCUCUUCCUAGAGCACGUAAAGUCUCUGAACCUCUCUUAUCAACUCUCAUAUCAGCUAGUAAAACACUCAUCGUAUCAUUAUGGCAUAUAUUCCUCCUACCGCUGUUGAUUGAUCCGAGGGAACCUUAUGCAGAAGUAUUGUUGAUAAAUGGUCCAGGGACCUGUGUGGUGUUGGUUUUGGUGUCUUACAUACGGCGGAUCCUCGGCCUGAAAUACACUAAAAUCAUCUAUAUCGAAUCCUUCGCUCGGGUCAGAUCAUUAUCCCUAAGUGGGAAGUUGGUCAGACCAUUCGUGGAUAAGUUCUUGGUCCAGUGGCCUGAAGCUGGCGGACAAGGUGGGAGAGCGGAAUGCAAAGGGUGGUUGGUGUAG